ACGUCCCCCAUGUCAUGGGAAUCGCCAGUAGUUGUGGAGAAUAAUAUCUGAAACCGUUCAGUGACCCCCGAACAACAGAGAUGAACCGACUCACCUGUACAGCGUGAACAUCAGGCUUCAUCGGGAGUCAACAAUUAAUUUUAACCACUUUUAUUCGGACAUUGGAACGUACGUCGGGGCGAAUAGCGACGCUAUGGCGUCCGUCAGAGUGUGUGUGUGUGGUUGAGGAGAAUUAUUUUUCAUCGUCGAGUGGCCACUGGGACUAAUUAAAAGAAAAUUCAAAUUCUCCACGAAUAACUGAACAAUAUUCACAAUGUGAGCACUGAAAAACCGUCCCAGAAACAUCUCAAUCAAUUAAGAAUCAGAGUUAGCUGUGAAUGAUUAGAACAAGUUGAAUGGGUUAGUGGGCACAAUGUCAAACAGUUUGGACAGUUUUUUGACUCGAAUUGGGGACGUUACGAUAGAGAGAGUGGCUCCGAGGAGCACCCCCAGGUCUAAUGUCUCUGGUGGUACUGAUGAAGUGACAAUGACGUCCACUGGUAGUAACCAGGGGGUCCAGGGGUGCAACGAUGAUGACUCCGAGGAAACAGGGGGUGAGACGAGUGAUGGAGAGACGGAGAGGAAGAAUUUGUCGAUGCAUCGGGAUGAUUUGAGAUCUCACGAGGAGAUGAAUUCCGAGGGAUCUGGGGACGACAUGGAUCUGGACGAGACCAUUGACACCGAGAUUGGUGUCAGGAUGGACUUGGAGAGACAACAGUCUGAGUCUUCCUGUCCUGAUGAUGAUGUCGAGGCUGUGAAUAUCUUGGAUACACUUCCAUUGGAAGGUGCCCCAAUAGAAGGUCAAGAGGUCUCGGAAGCCGACCUCCUGGGGAAGCCCCUGUCAAAAGACGACGACACCGAGAGCCUGGGGAUGUCCUCUCACCCUCCCUCAGAUCCCGAGGAUUCCGACCCCUCAAAACGCCGAGGCUCCCCCGACGAUGCAGAUCCAGCCAAGAAAAAGCAAAAGAAGGACGAGACCGAGGACUCCGAGUUGAAAUCCGAGAAGAAGCUCUCGAACAUGCGUCGCAACAUCCGCGAGGUGAUGGACGAGACCCAGUUGGACGAGGCGACGCUGUCAGCCCAACGACAGGAGAUGGAGCGUCUCCGAAGAGUGCAGGAGCAGCAGCGAAUAAUCCGAGAGGUCCAACGACAAAUCGCCAACCACCGUCAGACCUCGAAGACCCAGCCCAGAGUCAUAAGUCUCCUCCAGGGCAAGCAGAACGAAAUGGGAACGACAAUUUCCCACUCCCCAUCGGGUCCACCCCAGAUAAAAACUCCCAACACUCUCUUAAUGAACAUGCACUCCCCCCCUCACCAGCAGUCCUCAUCGUCCCAGCCAGUCUCGCCACGAAGACCCAUGUCAGGAAUGCGUUGGCACAAGGGUCGAGGUGGAUACCACUCCCCACCCCAGCCCCAGAGCCAAACCCUCAUGUCCAGAGCAAUGAGCAAAACCCCAGUGCAAACAGUCCUACAGCAGAGAAUCAGAAUGAUGACUCCAUCAGUGAGCAUCUCCCCAGUGGUCCCCAAACGCGAGCCAAUGGACCACGUCCCCUAUUACUCAGACUCUGACAUGUCUGAAGGUGAACUGGAGGACAUAAACCAAGACCACAGGAAGAUUCCCACGCCAAAGUCGCCAAAAUCCUUGAAGGGAAAGGACGUGGUGACAAUCUCCAGUUCAUCGGAGUCCUCUGAUGACGACUGCAUUGUUCUGAGUGAUCCCAGUGGGGGUGAGGAAACAGAUACUGAGGACGAUCCCUCCAACUCUGGAAUGCACACCAACGAUCGUUACAACAUUCCUGACGAGCAUGGAAGGGUCCUGAUCAAUGUGGGACAUCCAGACACUGAGCCUGAUGUUUUUCUGGCUCCCCAGGUGGCGAGGAUCAUCAAGCCCCAUCAGAUUGGUGGUAUUAGAUUCCUAUUUGAUAAUAUUGUGGAGAGCAUCGAGAGGUACAAGAGCUCAUCAGGAUUUGGCUGCAUUCUGGCUCACAGUAUGGGCCUGGGAAAAACACUGCAAGUCGCCAGUUUCUGCGAUAUUUUCUUCAGAUGUACAACAGCCAAAACUGUUCUCUGUAUCAUGCCUAUUAAUACUUUACAGAAUUGGUUGGCUGAGUUCAAUAUGUGGCUGCCCUACGAGGAUCCAAACUCUGUUAAACCUGAUGUUGUUACGAAGAAGAGUGACAAGUGUGAGAUUAAGGAGGAGAACUCCAACCAGACUGAUGUGUCCAGCUUGUCCUCGAGAUCCAUGAGCACUGACUCAAGGUCCCAUCAAGACAUGCCUCCCAACAUGAUGGGACAGUUCCAGGGCUACGAAUCUGGGGGGAAUUAUUACCCUGAAACGAAGCCUGGAGAGACUCAAACUCCCAUACCCCAGAGUCAGAAUCAGAAUUUCCAGAUGAAUCAGAAUCAGAAUCAGACCUACCAGAUGCCAGGGUCGUAUCCCAUGAAGCAGGAGAUGGACUGCAGUUCCUAUCCCAACCAGAUGUACCCCAUGCAGAACCCGCAGUACCCCCAGCCCUACCAGAAUCCCCAGUACCAGAACUACCAGCCCCUGCACGACCAGAAGAUCCCUCCGCCUCAGAACCCAGAAGUUCCCAUCAAAAAAGAGCCUGGAGAACCAGCCACCAAGGAGGAGGGCACCUCGACAUCGAAGGAGGACCCCUCAGACGAGAAGAAAGACCCUGAGAAGGUGACAACUCCCUUCAGUGUCGACGCCCCACUGGGUCUCGAAGUAAGACCUCGUCACUUCAAUCUCCACAUUCUAAACGAUUCACACAAGACAAUGGCAGCUAGAGCACGAGUCAUCAAGGAGUGGCAGAAAGUCGGUGGUGUUUUGCUAAUAGGGUACGAACUCUAUCGACAGCUGUCCCUCAAGAAAUCCAACAAGGGUAAACGAAAGAGGGGACAGCAGUUCAAGGACACUGUGGAUCUGGAGGAAGAGGACAAGAACAAGCCCCUGCUGGACGAGAUGCAUGGAGCCCUGGUGAAUCCUGGUCCUGAUCUGGUCAUCUGUGACGAGGGACACAGGAUCAAGAACUCCCAUGCGAGCAUCAGCCUGGCCCUAAAGCAGAUGAGAACUAAGAGGAGAAUAGUCCUCACUGGUUAUCCCCUUCAGAAUAAUCUGCUGGAGUACUGGUGCAUGGUGGACUUUGUUCGUCCUAAUUAUCUCGGUACCAAAGCAGAGUUCUGUAAUAUGUUUGAAAGACCCAUUCAGAACGGUCAGUGCAUUGACUCCACUCCCCAGGACAUCAGACUGAUGAGGUAUCGAGCUCAUGUCCUCCAUGCCCUCCUGGAGGGCUUUGUCCAGAGACGAUCCCACUCGGUUCUGCAGAUAUCUUUGCCCAGGAAGGAGGAGUAUAUUCUGCUGGUGAGGAUGACUCCACAUCAGAGGAAGCUUUAUGACACCUUCAUGAAUCAGGUGGUGAAGACUAGGGCUGUGCCAAAUCCUCUCAAGGCAUUUGCAGUCUGUUGUAAAAUCUGGAAUCACCCGGAUAUUCUCUAUCACUUCUUGAGGAAGAGGCAGGCUAACGAGGAGGACGACCUGGACCUCGAGGAGACCAUCGAGAAGACGACGCCUGGGAACAAGAGGACAAAGGCCAGGAGAGGGGAGAGGAAGGGGAAGAAGGUGGGACUGGUGAAGAGCAAGCCUGCAGCCAGUGUACAACCGAACUCUUCAGCCAGUGUCAAUGACACUGCUGAGGAGAGUGGAGACAGUAAAGGGAAUUUUUCGGGGGGAUUCCAGCAGCAAAUGCCUGGGAAUUUGAUUAAUCAGACGCCUCAGGGAACUAAUUCCCAGGGUUUUGGGCAGAAUUAUCAGGAGUUCAGGCCCAAUGAGCAGAGUAAUUACUUCAGGGGUGAGGGGACCAGUGAAUUUAACGAGUUCUAUAAUAAUCAGAAUCAGAGGUACCAGCAGAAUCAGCAGUUUCAGGGCUACCCAGCUGGUGGUAAUUACCAGCAGAAUUUUCCACAGGGCCAGGGACAGGGACAGAACUUUGUGGCUGGUGCUGAGAGCCAGGGAAAUCAGAAAUUCUCGAAUCCUCAGACACCAGAGUUUCGAGAUCAGGGGAAUAACACGAAUUACGAGAUGGGAGGAAUGUUUAACAGGGGUUAUCAGUUUCAAGAUCAGAGGAAUUAUCCACCAGGUGCCCCUGGGGCUCCACAGAUUUCCCAGAAUCAUCCCCCCCAGAAUUAUCAGGGCCCGAAUCAGAAUCAAAAUCCACCACAGAACCAACCCCAGACCCAGAACAAUCCCCCAAUUGACUUCAACAAUUACCAGAAUCAGAAUCAGAACCAGAAUUACCAACAGCCAGCUGGAGCCAACCCUCAGAUAUUCAGGAACGAUAAUCAAUUGAAUCAGCAUUCUUACCCACCAACGGGAAAUCCUCCCCCAAUCAGCCAACCCCCAAGUGCUCCAGGCUACAUCAAUAAUCAGAAUUCAUCAGGAGCCCCUCAGGCCCAGACCCCAAUGCUCCCUGGUGGUUACCCCCCUGGACAGCCCCAAGGACCGAAUUACCCACCUGGAGGCCAAGGACAGACCCCCAAUUACCAGCAGAAUGCCCCCCAGGCACAGGUGUUUCCACCUCAACCACCUCAGCAGCACAACUACAUCAACAAUCAGAGCCAGAAUCAAUUGAGAUACCAAAACCCCCAGUCUUUCCCUGCUCAAGGCUAUCCAGCAACUCCAGCCCCUCCAAACCCCCAAGUUCAUCCUCAAGGGCAAAGAUAUCCAGCCCCUCAAGCCUUCAACCAGCCUCAAACCCCCACAGAAACCCCAAAUCCCCCGGGGAAUUAUCAGAAUCCCCAGAAUCUGCAGACUUUCCCUCCUGAUGGUGCCCCCCAGCCUCAGAACCAGUUCAAGGGCCCUGACGAUCGUUUCAACUGGCAAGGGAACUACCAACAGGUGCCCCAGAACCAGUGGGAUACAGCCAACAGGUACCCAGGGAACUACUUCCCCCAGAACUACCAGAACUCUUUCGAUUAUCAAGCUAAUCCCGAGGUCAUCAAGACUGAGGAGAAAUCGGUUCCUGGAGGAAAUCUCAUGAGACCCAGUGUCCCCACCUUCUCACCGAAGAAGGAGACCAACGUGGGGAUCCAGACCCAGACGUUGCCACCGUCGAAUUACACUCAGACACCUCCAGAGGUGUCCAAUCCCCCCAGACCCUUGAAAUCCAUCAACUUUGGGAGUAGAAAUCCUUCAGACAUUUGCAAGGAUGAGGACAAGGAUAAGGACGAUAUUUUGAUCGAGAAGGAGAAGAGCCUGGACGAGAUAAAGUCUGAUGACGAAGUUCUUAUGAAGGACGAGGAGAAGGACCUGAAGAAUUCACCAAAUGCCAAGGAAGAUCCUGGAAUCCCCUACGACUGGGCCACAGACUUGAUGAAGAAUUACGUCGAGGGGUUGAUCGAUGCAUCUGCCAAGAUGACUCUCUUCUUCUGCAUUCUGACAGAGUCCAUUCGUCUGGGGGAUCGAGUCCUCGCUUUCUCCCAGUCUCUCUUCACUCUGAAUCUCAUUGAAGACUUUCUGGCCAGAAAUGACUUCAAGAAUCCUGAUGGAAGCACUGAGAAGUGGAUCAAGAAUUCUAAUUAUUACCGGCUGGAUGGCAGCACGAGUGCUCUGGAGAGGGAGAAAUUGAUCAAUGAGUUCAAUGUUAAUCCCAGGAUUCAUCUGUUCCUGGUGUCCACGAGGGCUGGGUCACUGGGGAUUAACUUGGUGGGGGCUAAUCGAGCCAUUGUAUUUGAUGCCAGUUGGAAUCCAUGCCAUGACACUCAGGCGGUGUGCAGGGUUUACAGGUAUGGGCAGAAGAAGCCCUGUUAUGUCUACAGAUUGGUGACGGAUAACUGCUUGGAGAGGAAGAUUUAUGACAGGCAGAUCAGCAAGCAGGGGAUGGCCGACAGAGUCGUCGAUCAGUGCAAUCCUGAUGCACAUCUGUCGCUGAAGGAGGCUACCACCUUGUCCUGGGAGUUUGAGGAGGACAGCCAGGUCCAGGACUUUUCCUCCUCCAAGGACACCUACACCGAUGAGAUAAUGCACACAGUCCUAGAGAAGCACUCGUCAAUCCUGACGAAGCAGCCCUUCCACCACGAGAGCCUGCUAGUCGACCGAAAAGACAAGAAGCUCUCCCAAGCGGAGAAACGCCUGGCCCGUCGUGGCUACGAGCUCGAGAAAAUGGCAGCCAAUUGCUCUCGCCCCAGCUACAACUACAUCCCAGGUAACACCGCCACACGAGCCGGAGGUCUCCAAAUCCGAGCGAUUCGCGGUGGCGACACAGUGACCCCUAAACCAGUGGCCUCAGUCCGGCCGAUGCAGCAACGAGGUGCUGAGGGCCUGGGAGCAAGAGGAGUAGUCGGUUCCAGAUGGAUUCCAGCAGAGGUCUGGCAACGCCAGGGCAUGAGUGCCCAGGAGAUGACCCUCCCCCUGGACGUGGUAAUUCCCACAAACUCCCCGGACAAGAGCAGCAUCGUCCUCAAGGCUGGACAACGUGUGAUGGUGUUGAAGAGCCCCAAGGGCAUCUACAUGCAGUUGGAGUCUGGAAAAAUCAUUGCAAUCAGAACAGCACUGAAGUUGAACCAGCAGAAACGUGAGGAGGAGCCGAAGAAGAUCUCCUCAGCCACAGUGACAUCCCCAAGAGCCCAGACCCAGACUCACCCCCAGAGCAUCCCCCAGAGCCAGAAGCCAGAGGUGAGUUUUCCCCUGAGAAACAACUCAGCCAUCUCCAUCAUCCCGAAGACACCGACAAGUGCACCAGCAACCCCAAGACCCCUGUCGAGACCCAGCAGUGGCUCUGGCUACCGACAGUUCCCUGAUAAAGACCCCAAACGACCUAAACCAGUCAUUCCAACCCCAGUUCUCAGAAACGUCAACCACAUGGCUCUCAACAAUCAGGUGUCCCUUCAGAGAGUCUCCAAAAAACACGAGAUGGAUCAUUCAGCUGGGGAGAACUCAAACUCAUCGGACUCACAACCGAGGACUGAUCAGAGGGUUGAAGAGGUGAGGCUAGAGGACAUUGUUGGCGAGGCUGGCAGCAAUUCCGAGUACAGUCCCUCCAAUCAGAGGAUGCCUCAGCACGAAAACCCUGAGGACAAGCACGAGGAGAUGAGGAGUUUUGGGGGGGAGUCCAAGGUCUCGGUUCAGAGUGUUCAGACACAGCAUUCUGAGGAUGCUGAGAAGAGGCUCGAGCCCAAGGAGAUGAGGCCUGGGUAUGGGCAUGCGUAUCAGAAGGACGAUGACGAGAUUAUCAUCGAGGAGAGUGUCAGAACCCCUCAGCAUUCACAGGUGCAGCAGAGUGUGGUUAAUCCACAGGUGCAGCAGAGUGUGGUUAAUCCUCAGGUGCAGCAGAGUGUUGUUAAUCCCCAGGUCCAGAGUGUUGUUAAUCCCCAGAAUGUUCAGGGGAGUGUCCAGAGGCAGGAGAUGACACCUGGGAAAAUGGCGCCCAUGGAGGGCAGUCAUCAACAGGGAACUAGUGUUGAGGAUCAGAGACAAUCAGAGGACGAUCCUCAUGGGAGGAUGCCGCAGGAUUAUCCUUAUGCUGAGUAUCCCAGGUAUUAUGAGUAUCCUGACCCCAGGGCGAGGGGAAUCGCUGCGCCUGGGAUCUAUGGGGGAUUCUACCCUGGGGGCGUGGCGAAGGAGCCCAAGGGCGAGGAGAGGGUGUAUCCUCAGGGGAGUCAGGCGGUGCAGGCUCCUGUUCCAGGACCUCAGGGGGAGGGCAAUGCGGUGAAGACUGAGGCCAGUGCUGGCAGUGUUCCCACUGCUUUCGGCCAUCCUGGGGGACGGUAUCCUGCGGGGUAUCCACCGGCUCCUUAUGAGGGGUAUGGACAGCAUUAUCCUGCUGGGUCUGCGGGGGCCUAUCCACCUGGAACCCCAGGAUACAGUGCCUACGGUACUCCCUCGUACAACGCAGACUACGCCCGCAUGUACUCAGCACUGCAUCCACCACCUCCACCAGUGGCAGAUCCGUACAUGCAUCGCGGCUACGCACCACCACCCACCAACACCCCAUCCAACUACUACGCACCCUUUCCCCAUCCACCCCCACCCCCCUAUCCAAAUUACUCAUAUUUCCCACCCUAUGCGAAUCCAAAUAUCCCUAAUGAAUCGCAGCCGCCAACUCAGUAAGUUAAUUAACUCUCCAAGCGAGCUGUUACUUCAUUUCCAAUAAGUUUAUUUUCAAUGAAAAUAUGCGUGACGAGAUAUGAAAUCAAAACGUGAUCCUCAGUUGUUGGUGAACAAUUUUUACUUAAUUUUCUUUUUCACUUUGAUAAUUGGAAUCUUUGAUUGUGAAAAUUAUUAUUCUUUGAUUAACGAUUGUUCCUCUUGCAAUGAUGCAUGAGAGGAGUGGCACAUGAAGAGAUUCAAUUAACCGGUGAAAGGUGAUUUCAUAUCUCGUUUAUUAUGAUUUUCGAGAAACAACGUAGACUGAAGCUUUAAGACACAUCGUUGUAAAAUGGUUAGUCACAAAUAACUUAUUACUACGUGAAAUAUCGAUAUUUCAACACUUUUUUAGUGCAAUGGUGGGAAGGUGAUUUAUUGUGAAGUUCCUUUGAUAUUGCUGAGGAGAGGUUUUAGUAGAGUGAAGGCAUUAUCUCGUAGAAUGAUCUUCAUCGAUAUGAAGGAACGAAAAAUUGUAGAACCAUAAAUCAAGUAAAUGCUUCUUAAUUCCUUGAGGGGAGACUGCGGUGAAAUUUGAAAGUUGCAGGGGUUUGUCUCCUUAUAAUUCAGAUGGCACUUAUUUUUUAUACUUGAAAAAAAAAUGGGAAAAAAAUGUAGUUUUAAUUAUUUCCAAUGACGACAUGUCGCUGUAAAAUCUUUAAAAUAGCCCCCUUAGCAGAAACUUUCAAUAGAAAAAAUUAAAACUCGAUUUUUUCUCAUUUUUUGAAUAUAAAAAAUGAUUACUGAAAUCAUCAGCAUGGAAGGGAUAAUCCAAUCAGUUCUCAAUCAGAUUCAACAUUUUCCCCUGAAAUAAUUGCUGAUUGAGGUAUUUUAACAUGAGGUAAUUUUCCAAUCUUGAUACCUCUCCUCAGCAAAAUUGUAAGUUUGUUCUUUCGUUUGAUUAAUUGUGUAGAUAACAGAUUCAUUAAGUCCUUCUCUCGUAACUGCAAUUCGACGUGGGAAUUAUUUGACGUGAAUAAGGAAAAAAAUUGACCUAAUUAUCAGCACAACAUGACACAUCUCUUUUUUAUACAUAAAUAAUUUACAAUAAUCCAUCAAUUUCUAUUUGAUUUUUGUAAAUAACUGAGUCUGGGUAUACGAUUGUUUGCUCCUUCAAUUUUUUUUUGUAUCAAAAAGUCUCCAAAACGUGCGCCAAACGACGAAAAAUAAACAUUAUGAAUUUUUAUAUGCAUUAAAUACGUACAGUAUUCACAUUUAGCAGCCAGUAAACACACGAUUAAAUGAAUUGUAUCGAUAGCAGUUGUAUAUGAAUAGGCGUAAAAUGUUAAGGAUACCAAUUCUUAUCAUUUCUUCAUUCAUAAUUAAGAGAGAAUAAAAAAAGGUAAUACAAAAUUUGAUAAUCAAGAAUUUUGAUUCAAGAUGAAUACACUGGGAUUAUCUGAUUCUGUAAUCACUUAGAUGAUCUUACUGUAGACGUAGGACUGUUGUUGAUUAGCAUUCUGUCCAAGCAAUUGAAAAAUUAAAGGGACAUAGAUAAAUUGAUAAAAAAAAAAGAAAAACAAAUUAAGGUAUGGGGGAGUGCUUCGAUAGUCAUUCGCAGGUUCUUCACAUUGUACUGUGAUAUUUCGUAGAAUAAAGGGCUAAUUCGAUCAUUAAUUUGACCAAAUUAAAUGUUGAUUAAAGGGGAAUUAAUUUUUUUUAACAAUUUUUUUCUCAAUCAAUCAUGGAAAUACUCGUCUCACUUCAGAUCUUUUACUCUUCGUUGAUUUUUCUUUUCGAUAAUUUUUUUUACUAUGUGUUGUUUAUUUCUGAGGAAUGUUUGAUGGGUUUUGAAAAUCAAUGAUAUGCAGAUCUGCCUGUAUUUAAUAUCCCUGCACUCCCCGGAUUAAGAAAGAAGCAUUUGGCGGUGGAGGGGUGCGACUGGAUGAGUCGAUUUCACGUGAACAUCAGUUUUUUAAGAAAAUCUUUCAAUUAAAUUUUUCCAAGGACUUUUGUUAUAAAGGAUGCAUUUUCUCGUAGAAAUUUCAGGUCCUUGGGAAACAUUUGAAUUUUAUUUUUUAUUAUUUUUUGAAUAAAGUCUCUAGAUUAGAGAGAGAUAGAAAAUUUUUUCUCAGGGAUUUUCUUUUCUAGAUCUUAAUUUUAUCCACCAACAAGAUGUCAGAAAAAUAUCGCUAUCUAGCUCCGAUAUUUAUGAAAGGACGCAGCUAUGAGAGGGAACAAAUUUAAUUUUGACAUCGGUUUUUAUCAAAUAUCAUAAAAUUGAAGGCAGAUGGCGAAAUUUUUACUCAGACCUUUUUUAUAGAUCUCGAUUUUUUCUAGAAAGAAAUGUCUUAGCGAAAAUUCUCCUACCUCUCUUAGAUUCCGAGAUAUCGAGAAGAAAAUUAUUUCAAAAAUUUGGAAAUCGAGUUAUCCAGUUUAGCCACUGAAGCUACUAAAUAAUAUAAAUAUUAGUAGAUGAAUUAUCAUUGCGCAGUGAGCUAAAAUAAACGAAGCUAAUAUGCAUUACAGGUUUAGGAGAUUUUCAUUGAUUCAGAUAAUUAAAAAGGGGGUGAUUGAUAAAAAAAUCGUAAUGAAAUUGUGAAAAUUGAGAAAUUGGAUUUUAAGGCGUUUUUUAGUUUUUAAGUGUACAAAGCAGAAUUAGUGUUGGAUCGCCAUUGUUCUCGAUGAAUCGUAAAAAAUAACCUCUAGAAUUUUCAGAUUGAAAAAAAAAAUCAAUGAAAAGCGAAGAAAAACUAUAUAUGUAUAGAUAAAAAUUUAUUUCGUCUUUGUUAUAGCUUCUUUGCCAUUUACAUAACUGUAAAUAGCCAUUAUUUACAUUUUCAUACGUUUUAUUUAUUUAACUGUAGUCGAGAGAUGUAUUUUUUCCUUCGUUUGUAUGAAUUUUCAUCGGACAAAAAUGGAAAAUGAAGACAUUUCAAGUAAAUGGAAAUUUUCGAUCUUAUGUAAUAUAUAAUGAGCAUUGUUUAUCAUCGACGGUAUCGUUUUUUCAUCCUAAUGUUGUUGAGAGAAUCAAUAUUGAAUCAGAGGUCAUAUAUGGAUAUAUAUAUUUGUUUUUAAGUUUCAUGGAACCUAGGGGGGGUAUUGACGACCGAGUCGAUCGAUAUUGCCGACUGCAUGUAAAUGCUUAUGAAGUAAAAGUAAUUAUGAAAUUAUUAAUGUCAUGAAUAGGGCUGUAAUUGAUGGGAAUUACCCGAUUACAAGAAUUUUGAAAUAUG